AUGUCCGACUCUGAAAGCUACAACUCCACCUCGGCCAACCAGGCCGUGCCCCAGCGCCCCGACCAUGUCUUAAACGACCACAGACAACAACGGGAGAACUUGCCUCCUCCUGAUGAGGAAGGCCCCGAGGCUGCGAGGCCUAGGAGGAAUUUCGAGAUUCCUCGAGUCCGCAGAAACACUCGUUCCCAGUCGGUCAGCGAGGCUCUUUCUGCCGAGGAUGCUGCAUAUUUGAUGAGACGGUCCAGCAGACAUUCCCGCAGCUCCUUGGAGAGACAGGACCAAUUGAAUAUUUUAGCUAGAUACCGCACCAACGACACCUUUGGCUCUGACGCUAACGCUCCUCAGUUUCUGAGACGUGACCGCAGACCUUCCAAGGUUUCGAUGGACAGCGAUGCUGAUUCCCACGCUUCCAGAACCUCUCAAGAGACAGAAGAGGACGUUUGUUUCCCUAUGUUGCGGGAGCAUGUUCGUGUGAAUGGAAUCGAUUUUGAUGAAAUUGAGGAGUUCAUCAAAGAAGAGAGAGAAAAUGCUGAACAGCUCAGACAACAGGCCAACAUGAUUGCCCUGAACACUGGCUGGGACGCGCUGUCCUCUGGAAGAUCUACGGGCAAUGCACUCUCCGGUAGACCCUUGAGCAAGAAUGCAGCCAAGUACACUCCCAAGCACAUCUUGUCGAAGAUCAGAACAAACAAUGACCUGAUCUCCCAAAAGGCUCCCUCCAUCCAAGGAACCACUACUGACAAGGGGAGGCAUGGCUCGGAGUCGUCCGACUCGGCUUUCUACGAGAAGAACACCCCUGAUGACGAGUCCUACGUUGUCAAGUUUGGUGGUGCCAAGAUCAAUGAGGACGAUGACGUCGCCUUGCCAGAGCGUUUCUCUUUCUUUCACUCUGACAACGAGGAAACCGUCCACUCCCCUGACAUUCCGUCCUUGGUUGAGCCGGGACAGACUGUUCAGGAUUUGUUCAAGAAUGGAGAUGGCACUUGGUGGUUGGAUGUUACCUGUCCAACUGACGCUGAAGUGAAGACGUUGGCUAAGGCCUUUGGCAUUCAUCCUUUGACUGCGGAAGAUAUUAGAAUGCAAGAGACCCGUGAGAAGGUCGAAUUGUUCCGCAGCUACUACUUUGUGUGUUUCCAUACUUUUGAGCCCGACAAGGAGUCUGAGGACUACUUGGAGCCUAUCAAUUUCUACAUCGUUGUUUUCAAAGAGGGUGUCUUGACUUUCCAUUUCGCUCCUGUUCCUCAUCCAGCCAAUGUUAGAAGAAGAGUCCGUCAGUUGAGAGAAUAUGUUGACGUGAACGCUGAUUGGCUUUGUUACGCUAUGAUCGAUGACAUCACCGAUGGUUUUGCGCCCGUCAUCAUGGGUAUUGAGUAUGAAGCCGAUGCUAUUGAAGACUCGGUUUUGACUGCCCGUGAGAUGAACUUCAGCUCCAUGUUGCGUAAAAUUGGUGAAGCAAGAAGAAAGGUCAUGACAUUGAUGAGACUUCUCUCGAAUAAGGCAGAUGUUAUCAAGAUGUUCGCCAAGAGAUGUCAGGACGAGAAUCCUUAUGGCGCCCGUGCAUACGAGGACUUCAGCCCACCUCCAAAGUCAGGCAGUGAAUCUGCCAAUCAAUCUGACUUCAAUCAGCAAAGGGGAAAGGUCGCACAACCACGAGCUGACAUUGCAUUAUAUUUGGGCGACAUUCAAGAUCACGUUCUCACAAUGUACCAAAACUUAGGUGCUUAUGAGAAGAUUUUUAGCAGAUCACACUCCAACUACUUGGCACAAUUACAAGUCGAAUCUUUCAACGCUAACUUGAGGGUCACAGAAAUUUUGGGAGGUGUCACCUUGCUCGGUACCUUGAUCUUGCCAAUGAACUCGGUAUUUUCUGCCUUCGGUAUGAACGUUGAGGUGCCCGGACAGGAAGUUGCUGGACUUGCUUGGUUCUUCAGUAUUAUUGCAAUUUCUUUCAGUGUUGUUGUUUGCUUGCUUUGUUUCGUUAGACUUUACUUGAAGUCUCGUGAGAGAUCUAUCAUAAAACAAGAAGACGAGAAGAGAUCUAUCAGAUCGUUGGGUAUGAAAAUCAAGUCUAGGUCCAGAGAUGCGGCCAAGUCCAUCAUUAGUUUCCCCAAAGGUUACGAUUAG